GUUGCAUACCAUAUAUGGAAAGUCAGACAAACAUAUCGGAAUUCAUUCUCAUGGGUCUCUCUUCUGAUCAGAACACACAAAUAUUUUGCUUCAUCUUCUUCUUGUUUUGCUACCUGGCCAUCUUGGUGGGAAACCUUCUGAUUCUCAUCUCCGUCUGCUGUAGUUCUCUUUAUAAUCAGCCAAUGUACUAUUUUCUCAGUCACUUAUCUUCUGUGGACAUCUGCUAUACCUCCUGUGUGACACCCAAAUUGAUUGGUGAUCUCCUAGUACAAAGAAAGACCAUCUCCUACAGGAACUGCAUGUUACAGAUCUUUGCCAUGCACUUCUUCGGAAUAAUUGAAAUCUUCAUCCUUGCGGUUAUGGCGUUUGACCGCUGCGUUGCCAUCUGCAAACCUCUCCAUUACAUGAUCAUCAUGAACAGAACCAGAUGCAACCUGUUUAUCGUGGCUGCCUGGGCUGGUGGGGCUGCCCAUUCCUUCUCCCAGUUUUUCUUGAUAACCAGGCUGCCCUUCUGUGGUCCCAGUGAAAUUGACCACUACUAUUGUGAUAUUUUUCCUCUGCUGAAAAUUGCAUGCAUUGAUACCUACAUCACAGGUGUACUUGUGGUUGCCAACUCAGGAAUGGUUGCCUUAGUAACCUUUGUUCUCUUGUUUGGGUCUUAUGUCAUCAUACUCUUCACAUUAAGAUAUCACUCGGCUGAGGGAAGACGCAAAGCCCUCUCGACCUGUGGGUCUCACAUCACUGUUGUUAUUUUAUUUUUUGGACCUUCCAUCUUUGCUUACCUGAGACCCCCUACCACUUACCCUGAAGACAAAAUCUUUGCUCUAUUUUACACCAUUAUCGCACCAAUGUUCAAUCCCGUAAUCUAUACCCUGAGAAAUGCAGAGAUGAAAAAGGCUCUGAGAAAAGUUUGGUGUCAAAAGAUAUUUUCAGAAGACAAACGUAAUUGUUUUGUUCCACUUAUGCUGAACAAUUUUACAAGGCAGCACAAGCUUAUUUGA